AUGCUACAGCUGUGGUCGCCUCAAAGACGCUUGCAAACUUUCUAUACCUCCUCCACACUGCCCAGUGGUUUAGAGAGCUCAAUUUCCAACUCUCCAGUCAAGCUUGCAGAAGCAGGGUUCAUCCGUAAACCCAAUGUUGCUUCAGAUAAAGUUGAGUGCUUGUUUUGUGGAGCAAAAUACAGUGGUUGGGCUGGUGAAUCUCCAGCAGCAGUGCAUCGUAUCCUGAAUCCAAAAUGUAUCUUUCUGAACACACCACCAGUUUCUUCACUCACGGAUGCUUCUUUAUUAACUGGACAUGAAAACAGUGCUGAUAAUGAGACAGUUAGAAAUAUGUUACGUCUAAGUGUUCGCAGUUCACCAGGUUUUAUUGAUAUUCAACAUCCAUUUCUGCCUAAGCAAGGGGGUUAUGACAUGUUGUUUGAAAGUCACAGACUGUUAACAUUUAUUCAUAAAGAUUUAAUUUCAACACAUGCUGAACUGUACGCUGAAGCAGGUUUUGUAUAUAACAUCACCUCUAAAAGUGUCUUUUGUGUGUUCUGUAAUUUGGAAUUGGACUUUCAGCCCACUAGCAGGUUUUCCUUAGAAAACACACACGAUGAAAAAUCUCCAGAAUGCCCUUUUGUGAAAUUGUUUGAUGUUGGUAAUAUUUCAUUGGAAGUCGAGCGUAAAGUCCGCGAAAAAGAUGCUGAAAAUGUUGAGUGCGGUGCUGAAAAUAAUACUGAAGUUAACUAUGCAAUCAAGCACCCUGAAUAUGAGGAUGAGUUAGUUCGUGUGGGAACUUUCUCAACCUGGCCGAAGUGGCUAGCUAAAGCAGUUCCUGGCAUCACCAUGGCCAAAUGUGGAUUUUACUACACAGGAUUUAGUGACAAAGUGGUUUGCUUUACUUGUGGUAUGGGCCUGAGUGAUUGGUCACCUGAGGCUGACCCAGCAGUCCAGCAUGCUAAAGCAUCUCCACAGUGCAAAUUUUUGCUGCAGUCACAAGGCAAAGAGUUCAUUGAUAGUGCACAAAUUGUAGAGGUAAAACCACUAUCUUCGUUUCACAUUUCUAGUCAACUGGAUGC